AUGAAUCUGGCAAGCCUUCUCUUACUCGGCAUCACGGCUGCCCUCAGACCUCUGAUGAAGCCCAAGAUCGUUAAAAAGAGAACCAAGAAGGGGCACCUGGGUGGCUCAUUCAUCCAGCACCAGGCAGACCGAUAUGUCAAAAUUAAGUACAACUGGCAGAAACCCAGAGGCACUGACAUUAGGGCGCACAGAAGAUUCAAGGGCCAGAUCUUGAUGCCCAACAAUGGUUACAGGAGCAACAAGAAAACAAAGCACAUGUUGCCCAGUGGCUUCCGGAAGUUCCUAGUCCACAACAUCAAGGAGCUUACAGUGCUGCUGAUGUGCAACAAAUCCCACUGUGCAGAGAUUGCUCACAAUGUCUCCUCCAAGAACCGCAAAGCUAUUGUGGAAAGAACAGCCCAGCGGGCCAUCAGAGUCACCAAUCCCAAUGCCAGGCUGUGCAGUGAAGAAAAUGAAUAG